AUGCAAAAGGCUAUAUCUGAGACUAGAGAAGAUCAAGAUAUAACUCUUCAAUUUUAUCGUGUAACUGUUUUGCUUGAACCUAUAACUGAAUCUUCUUGGUAUGAAAUGAAGCGUGAGCAACAAAAUCUUCCCGCAUUUUCUGAUGCAAAUAAAUUGGCUUGUUCUUUUUGUUUGGAUGAAUUGUCUCCUUCAAUAACUUAUGCUAAAUGUUUGGAUUGUGAACAGUGUGAAGUGCUCAUCUGUAUUGAGUGUCUUCGUAUGGGUAUGGAAUCACACCCUCACACUCGAUCUCAUCGUUACACUUUUUGUGAUGCAAUUGGACCCCCCACAUUUUUUGAAAAUGAUACUCAAACUCCUUGGGGAGCACAAGAAGAUUUACAACUUUUAAAUGCUCUCUUACACUCCCAUUUAAAUCAAUGGCCUGAAUUAAGCAAAGAUUGGGGAAGAAAGAAGACAUUAACAGAUGCUUUGGAACGUUUGGAUAAAUGUUUUAUACGCGGUCCGAUAGGCCAAUAUGUUUUGAAAAAUUAUUCUCGUGGUUAUGUCAAGGAUUGGUCUGAGAACGAUGAGCAAAACACAGAUUCCGAUCAUUUGGUUACUUGUAGUGAUAUUACUCUCCCUUCUACAUCCACUAGUACUAAUGUUAUGAAAAAUAAUUUGGAAUGUGAUGGGAAUACGAGGAAUGGAAAAAUGGAUAUUUCUUCUCGUAAAAUUGAAGAAAAAUUAAAUCCGAUAGCGUCAAGUUCAAAUUUAAUAAAUUCUUCUCCUCUUAGCACGAAGAGAAAUUAUUUUGAUGAAGAGGCUUUUUUAAUUUUUUUUUGUGUUUAA